AUGCCUUACCCCUACCAGGCCCCUGGACCCCGGGAGCAUCCAGUCCCCAAGGAUUCCCGUGCUAUUCACUCCUCAGGCCAGACCUAUGAACAGCUGAGGCAGGAGUGCCUGCGGAAGGGCAUCCUGUUUGAAGAUGGGGACUUUCCAGCCAACAACUCCUCCCUCUUCUUCAGUGAGAGGCCCUCCAUUCCUUUUGUGUGGAAACGUCCAGGGGAAAUAGUAAAAAAUCCAGAAUUCAUUCUUGGAGGAGCCACAAGAACUGACAUUUGUCAAGGGGAACUUGGAGACUGUUGGCUCUUAGCAGCCAUUGCCUCUCUUACACUUAAUGAAAAGACCUUGGCUAGAGUUGUGCCCCAAGACCAAAAUUUUGGCCCCGGUUAUGCUGGGAUAUUUCACUUUCAGAUCUGGCAGCAUAGUGAGUGGUUGGACGUGGUCAUUGAUGACCGGCUCCCGACCUUCCGAGAUCGCUUGGUUUUCCUUCACUCUGCCGAUCACAAUGAAUUCUGGAGUGCCUUGCUGGAAAAGGCAUAUGCCAAAUUGAAUGGAAGCUACGAAGCCCUGAAGGGUGGCAGCACAAUUGAAGCUAUGGAAGACUUCACGGGAGGAGUAGCAGAGACUUUUGAAGUUAGAAAGGCCCCAGAAAAUUUCUAUGAGAUCCUAGAGAAAGCCUUGAAGAGAAGCUCUAUGGUGGGCUGCUCCAUAGAUAUCAGCAACCCUUCAGAGUCAGAAGCACGGACACCUUUUGGCCUCAUUAAGGGUCAUGCAUACACUUUGACUGGAAUUGACCAGGUGAAUUAUGGAGGCCAAAAGGUUGAGCUCAUCAGAGUUCGGAAUCCUUGGGGCCAGGUAGAAUGGAAUGGCCCUUGGAGUGACAAUUCUCGUGAAUGGAAUUCUGUUAACUCAUCUGAGCAAAAACGCCUAUGCCAUUCUGCUCUUGAUGAUGGAGAAUUCUGGAUGACUUUUAAGGAUUUCAAAGUCCACUUUGACAAAGUAGAGAUCUGCAAUCUCACUCCUGAUGCCCUGGAGGAAGAUGCCCUUCACAAAUGGAAAGUGACAGUCCAUCAAGGGAGCUGGGUCCGGGGAUCCACGGCUGGAGGAUGCCGUAAUUUCCUAGACACCUUCUGGACCAACCCGCAGAUCAAAUUGUCUCUGACUGAGAAAGAUGACGAUGGGCAAGAGGAAUGCACUUUCAUUGUAGCCCUUAUGCAAAAGGACAGAAGGAAACUCAAGAAAUUUGGAGCUGAUUUGCUGACUAUUGGAUAUGCUAUUUACCAGAGCCCUGCCAAAGAGGAGCAUCUCACCAAGGAUUUUUUCAGAUAUCAUGCUUCUCAGGCCAGGAGCAAAACAUAUAUUAACCUAAGGGAAGUCUCUGAGAGAUUCAAGCUGCCCCCCGGAGAAUACAUCCUGAUUCCUACAACUUUUGAGCCACACCAGGAAGCCAAUUUCUGCCUUCGAAUCUUUUCAGAGAAGAAGGCCAUUACCCAGGAAAUAGAUGGAAAUAUAGAUAUUGCCCUCCCAGAGCUGUCUAAACCAACUUCACCUAGCCAAGAAACCGAGGAAGAUAAACAGUUCCGGGCACUGUUUGAACAGAUUGCAGGAGAGGACAUGGAGGUAACUGCAGAAGAACUGGAAUAUGUUUUGAAUGCUGUGCUACAAAAAAAAAAGAACAUUACAUUCAAGAAGCUAAGUCUCAUUUCCUGCAAAAACAUCAUUUCUCUAAUGGAUAACAAUGGCAAUGGAAAACUGGAGUUCAAUGAAUUCAAAGUAUUCUGGAACAAGCUGAAGACAUGGAUAAAUAUCUUCCUUCAAUUCGAUGUUGACAGAUCCGGAACCAUGUCCUCCUACGAGCUGCGGCUAGCCUUGAAAGCUGCAGGCUUCCAGCUGAACAAUUACCUCUUGCAGCUAGUUGUCCUAAGGUAUGCUGACGAGCAGUACCAACUUGACUUUGAUGAUUUCCUCAACUGUAUGAUCCGAUUAGAGAAUGCAAGCCGGGUGUUCCAGGUUCUCAGUGAGAAGGACAAAGAAUGUAUUCAGCUCAAUAUAAAUGAGUUCAUCAGUUUGGCGAUGAAUAUUUGAAGCGGUCUCUCGUCCGGAUGUGAGCUCUCACCAUGCCAUGCCCUUUGGUCCAUGAACCAAAGAACUUUUCCUAGGUGGCACCCAUGUGUCCAAGAAAUGUGAAUCAAGGUUCCCUCUUUAAUAAUCCCACUAUCCCACCUGAUGAUUCUUCUUAGCUUGAUCAAAAAUGAAUGUCAUAGGCUCAGAUAUGUUUCUUGUCUAGAAAUGAAGGAUUAUCAAACGGCUAUUUGUGGUGGUGGAGGGAGGUGGCUUGCCCACAGAAUAAGUUGUCUCUAGUAAUCAGAUGCACUUUGUUAAGGAUGACUCAGGGCCCCAACUCAGAUAACCCUUGACUUCACCAAAUCCUUAAUUAUUUCCACCGCCCCUACCAAUCCUGCCACUUUGUCAUUGCUCACAAGUGACUGAAAAUCAUCCGACGAAAAUCUAAAGAUGUAUGUGUACUUGUAAUUAGAUAUGCCCUUGUAAAUGUGUUUCAUUCAUGAGAUAAAAUAUUAGGGCAUUUAUGACUGUCCAUUUCUCAUAUCACAAAAUCAAAUGGUAAUAGAUGUGUAUCAAAUAGCUUAGAACCACAACUCUGGGAACACAAAGACUGGGUUCAAUCUGCAGAGUUUUUCAGUAAUAACUCAGUAAUUUCUAUGGCUCACUUUAUCUCUAUUCCUGGAAACAUCUGCAUUUGGCUUUCUACUAGGGAGCUUAGUUCCCUCUUAAAGUGUCAGGCUAAUAAGCCCCUAACCAUAGAACAGGUUUACUCAGAGGUAUACAAAACAGACCCAGUUCAUGCUUUUUCCUUUCUCCCCAGUCCCUACAAACUCACAGCACCAACCACAUUGUUAUUGAAGCCCCUUCUGCCAGCUGCCCUCCUCCAGUCAGCUUCCCUCCUUCUGCCUGGGGUAUGUGCUUCCUUAUUAAGGUUUCUAUCGACUUUAUCCUAAUUCCAAAUCGCUGACUCCAUUUUCUGUUGUCCAGACUGUCUCCUACACAGUCGCCUAAUCAUCAUAAGUUUUAUAGCUCCCAGCCUGUCCCUGGAACUCAUUCAGUGCUCAAGUAGCUAUUGCCUUUGCUAGUACCUUGAUCCAGGGUAUGUAGGGGGUGUUCAGGGAGGAAUAGCUGGGCGAGGGCUUGCUGAGCCCUUUUCAGGGCUGCUCAUAUGCCUUUGGUUUCCACCUUUCACUCAACUCUCAUCUGUGGCUCCAAGAAGCUGUAGUAUGCAUGGCAGCCAUACUCUGGUAAAACCAUCUCUGCAGAUGGGUUAAACUUCCCCCAGUGAAAUGAAUGGAUAAGAAUAGUUUGUUCCAAUGGCUGUGAGUGUAGUUGAAGCAGGCGCUGUGGAGUGCUUAGAGCUUGGUCAGACAUCAAAGACACCAAGGUCAUCCACUAGGCACUGUGCCAUCACUGUCAUCAUGAAUUUUGUUGUGCCACUGAACUUCAAUGAUACUGGAAGAGUGAAGCUGAUGGCUUUGUGUGACUCUGCCUCACUUAAACCAAUUCACGUGCAAGUCAAGACAUCACCCGUCACUGAUCCUCUUCUAAAAUGAAGGACAAACAAUAACACCUUGAUCCAGACACCCUGUCUAUCUCAUCACUUUUCCAUCCAGAAACCCCUGUUCAGAGCUCUUCGUGUACAUGAGCCCUAGAUCCCACAAAAGGACAGGUAUCAUUUUGGAUGAAACCUCAAACCAAAGAUUUGAACUGCUAAUUAAAGACAC